CAUUCUUUGACAUUUAUAUGGCAGCAGAAGAAUUAGGGGCAUUGAGGAAUGCAGGAUACCUCCAAAUUUUUAUAUUAAUAGGUACUGUCAUUUUUGUACGCCUCAAUACUAUAUUUAGAGAUGCUAAAAUAAAAAACAUUGAGGAUAAAAUAGAAAAUAUUGAGGAUAAAAUAGAAAAAAUUGAGGAUAAAAUGCAAGCCCAAUUAGAAGAUCUAAAAUGUUUCUUACAGGAUCAAUGGGCAAACACCCACUCUACCAGAAACAGACCUGUUUCUGAACCUUUGAAUGAGGAAAUUUCCUUCCCUGAAAUAGAGAUGGAAAACACCUUCCCUAUAGCCCAGUUAACAGACUGCUUCUCUCGUGCAGUGCAAAUCUUGACUGAAUUUAAUCCCCAAAACCCUUCCCCUGCAAUCCCAGUUUCUCAUGUUCCCUCUCCUACAGAAAACCAAAUUCCAAUGCAAAGGAGAUCUUCUCCUCCUAGAGAAACCUGUCCUUGUCAAACUGACCCACAGGUACAAAAUUCAACUAGAGGCCUGUUUCCUCUAAGAGAAGUACCUGAAAUAGAACGGAAUGGGGAUGUGGUGACUUUAAGACAUAGGAUACCGUUUACUCCCCAAGAAAUAAAUGAAUUUACACGAAAUAUCCCCACAUAUGAACAAGAUCCUUUUCUAGUAUCAAAAAAGAUGGGAGACAUAUUUUUUCAGUAUAAUCCAUCUUACAAGGACGUUGAGAACUUGCUACAGGCUUUUUUAACUGAACGUGAAAAAAAUAAAAUAAUUGCUCAUGUCAACAAAACCCGGGGGCGUAAUGCAGCACAUUGGCCAUCUCAGGAUCCCGAAUGGGACUAUAACAAUCCUGAGGAUUGUCUACAACUAUACCAUUGUAGAGAGGCCAUCCUCACGGCAAUGAAGGAAUGUGCAGACAGUACAGAUAAGUGGAUGGAACUUGAAAAAAUUAAGCAAAAUGAGGAAGAAACACCCUCCAGAUUCAUGGAUAGAAUAAUCGAGUUUGGGGACAGAUACUUAGAUUGGGACCUAACUAAAGAGAGUAGCUUAAGACAAGUUGGAAGGAUCUUUGUAAAUAACUCUUUUAAAGCAAUUAAGAAUUAUUUUAGAACACAAUGCCCAAGAUGGUCAGAUAUGGACCUUGAAGAAUUGCGAAAAACAGCUAUAUAUGUUUUAAAGGGAAAUAAAGAAAAGGAGGAAGAAAAUAAUGAUGACAUGGAGGAAAUGAAGAAAAAAUGAGAUAUUUAAUAGAUAGGAUAACUAAAUUAGAAAGUGGGCAUGAUAAUGAACCAAUGACAAUUGCCCCUCUCCAGAAAUCCAAUUAUCAAUCCAUUACUUGCCACUUCUGUGAGAAGAAGGGCCACAAAAUGAUGGAAUGUAGAACCUUUCUUAAGAUGAUUGGAAGGAAUACACAGUUUAAUAAUAGCUUUAGAAAUAAUAACUAUAGAAAUGAUGAUAAUGGUUAUAGAAACCAGAAUUCUAGAAAUUAUAAUAAUGACUAUGGAAAUAACUAUAAUGAACAUAGAAAUAAGAACUUUAGAAACCAGAAUGAUAGAAAUAGGAAUUGGGAAAAUAAUGACAAUGCUCCAAAUGAAGAAAAUGAUAAUACUCAACAACAAUAUAUGAGAAAUGGCGCUCGUCCAAAACAUGCUCGAGGUGCUAAUGAACCUCAGAGAGGUGCCCUUCAGGAGGGUGCCCAAGGAACUUCCCAAUAUAAUGAAGAUGAUGAUUCUUAGACUAUUGAUUUUGUUGAUGUUAAUUAACCUUUUUCAGUUUUUUUCUCCCCUCCAAAUAGUAGGAAUGAAUGAACAAAGAACUUAAAACUAUGAUUGGAAAAUUAUGCACCGAGACCCAUUUAAAAUGGCCCGAAAUUCUCCCUCUGACUCUAUUUUAUCUUAGAAGCAGGCCUAGAGGAGACUUAAAUAUUUCGCCAUUUGAAAUGCUUUUUGGACAUCUACCUAUACAGGCUAAGCCUGAGUCAUGAUUGAUUUUAGAAUUGAUACAAUAGAGAUACUUGGAAUGACAGAACCAGGUCUUGGAAACUACAAUCUCCACCCUACUCAGAGUAACAGGAUUUAGGAAGGGCUGCAGCAAAGAUCAAGAUUUAAUUAUUUGAGAAUAUGACCUUCAACAGACAUGUGCAAAGGGGGCAGACCUCUGGGCGGUCCUGGGUUAAGCUAGAUCCACCAUUGGCACAGGGGAGACAUCGACAGUGAUUGGUAGAUGUGAGAACUGAGGGGAGGGAACUUAGAUUGUUUGCUUAAAGAUAGAGAAAGGUGGAUACUCGGGAGGAGCUUUAUGCUCUGAAGGAGGGCUGAGAGGAGAGAGCUCCUGGAGGGAGAGCUCCUGGAGAGGUCUUGAAGGAGGCUGUGGAAGGAGAACUCAGGAGGAGUCAGGAGGAGAAUUCUCUGGAAACAUUUCUUGAAAGGAGGCUCUCUUGAAAGUGAAGCCUGAGGUUGGCAUGAGAAGCCUUACCUAGAGAGAUCUUGGGUGAGUGAUAAAACCAACUGACUGAUUUAUUCAUUCUUAUUUCUUUCUUACUUUCUCUCUUUUUCUAUUGAUUAAACAGUGUAUUAUAAAUUAAAUUUAUCUAUAAAACCCAGUUGGCUUGGGCAUAUUCAUAAAUUGGGAAUAUAUUCCCUGGCGACCAUCUUAUAUUUAUAUAAACCCAAGACACAGUAGAAAACAUAUUUCAGUGGUCAUAAUUGUUAUAUAUUUCCCUUGCUCCCAAAACAUUUUAAUUAUCACAGUUUAUGGCUCCCACUCUCUUAUCUACAACUAUUUAAAGCCAAAAACUAUUUUAAAUCUAAUAGUUGGCUGUCUUGUCUAGCUUGCCAUCUGCACAUUGAUAUGUAUUGUCUUUUAUCCAAGGCAUUGCUAAGAUGGCACAGCAUUAUAAUAUUGAGAGCAGAUGUCUGGGCUGCUCCAGAACCUUUGAAGCUGACAUUGAAAUGAAUUACUAUUCAGUCUAUUCCAAACCUACCUACUUGUAUGGUGACCUAUUACAUAACAUCCUUCGAUCUUUUCCACCAUGAAAACAUACUGGACUAAAAUCCAGGUGAACUUUAUCCACAAUUUUUGCAUAGUCUAUCCAUCAAGCCAUCUUUUCAAAAAAGAACAUGAGUGUAGAAAACCCCCUUGGGGGUGGGGCAGGACUGGGACCAGAGCUCCACAGGUAAGGUUGGCGAAAAAUAAUGAGGAAAUACAAAGAUUGAAAUUAGAAGAACCUUGCCUGUACUUAAGGGCAAGAGAAAAGGUGAGAAUCCAAGAUAACAGACACAGUGUGGAGUCAGAAGGAUUUUGCCUUGCUAAUGGCAGGCAAAUACAGUUUAUUGCAUGCUGCUCACAACUUUUAAAGGUACAGAUCACAAAGAAUGAAAGCAUUCAUUUGAAAUGGGUCCUUGGGAAAGUGCAACAAGGAUGGUAGAUAGGACAGCUGGUGCAGGUUAAGGAUCCCAGGAAAUAGGGUGAGAGAAUAUUUCUAAGAAAUGUAGAUAAGCACUUGGGGUAAGAUAAUGAUUCAAGCACUAUUUAAAUUCCAUGGAAUGGUCAGCAAUAGCAUGUCUUUGCAAUACACAUGUAAUACUAUGUGAGGCAAAGAAGGUGUGAAUGUUAAAAACUGUAAAUGCCAAACUGUAAAGGUUUUGGUCAAAUUGUAAAGGAUAAUUUUUAGUGUUUUGACUUAAAAUCUAAAAUAAGUGGUUGCCAUGGGAAAUUCCCAAAUAUGAAAAUACCCAAGUCAGCUGGGAUUUAUGGAGAUUUUAAUUAAUAUAAAUGAAGGAAUUAAGGGAAGGAGAGAGAGAGAAUAGCCAAGCAGUAGAAAAGGGCCUAGGCCAAAAUGGCCUAGGCCUUAGCCUAAGGAAGAGCAAGUCAGUCUUCAUCAUUCACCACAAGAUCAUCUCCAAGCUGGGUUCUUUCAAUCCGAACUCCAACUAACUCCAACUAAAAACUCCAACUAACUACAACUAACUGACUUCCAAUCCAAAACUGCAUUACCUGAACUGACAUCUCCUUUUAAAGAAAUUUUCUCUUAUGUCACCUCCCUUAAAUUUUCAUGUCUACCGAUCACAGUAGAUGCUUUUUCCCAUGACUUCCCAUUCUUAGUUCUUAUCUUCUUUUCUCACCUUCUCUGGUUAGAUUAAAUCCUCUGAGUACUUCACACCUCUUUUGUUAAGCUUGCCUUUUGUAAGUUGCUUGACCUUUGUAAAAAAUAGACUCGAAUACAGGACUACAAUCCCCACAAGCCUUUGCUCCACUUCCCCAGAAUGCCUUGUAAUCUCACCUGGGCUGAGAUCGAGAAGGUAUUUAAGCUGAUUCAAAGGCUUUUGAGGGACUUGGACUUCCAUUUUGGGGCAGGCCUGGCUUUUUUUUCAUAAUGUAGGUGAGGUUGUGUCUAGGCCUCUCUAUGGCCUGGACAUGUGUCUCUUAUCCUGUAUUUCUUUAAUCCUUAAUUUUCAAUAAACCUCUAAAAAAUAUAAUACUCCUUGCAGAGAGAAACUAAUUUCUACCUGCCUCAGAUGCCUCAGUCUCCCCAUAUAUUCCCUAAAUUUUAAUAUUUACAGUUGGCGACCAUGAAGGGACAAAAAAACUCUCGAUCUUCUGAUUUAAUCUUUAAUAUCUAGUACCUAGAAAUUUUUUUUUUGAGCCAUAUCUCUCUGGCCAAGGUUUUCUACCCUUGCAAAGCUGCUACAGGCUCCGGACCUGUUGCGUUUGCUGCCCACCCCACCUGGCUCGGCCCCAUCGCUUCCUGCCUGCAGCCUGCAGCCCUGAUCAUCCUUACCUGGUACCUGGUCCCGGCCUUGCCCACCCCCGCAGCCCCUCCUGCUCCUGGCCUCUCACCAGCCUGCUGCCUGACUGUUUCUGAGCCCCAGACCCACGAGCGUGACACCAGCCGGCUCAUCACCCAGAUCCUUGGAGCAGAUUCACUCAUCGCUCAGGACUCAUUGCGACCAGCUGGGAGAAGAUUCAACUAACUUUGAAGGGGAAAAUGGGUGGCCCAGCGAAGUGGGAACCAGGCCCAGAGAUGGGAGGUCUCUAGUUAAAAUCUGGCCUCAGAUGCUUCCCAGCUAUGGGGCCCUGGACGGGUCCCUUGAACCCCAUAGCCUAGCCUUUACUACUACUCUACCUUCGGACAAUAGACAUUUAAAUGGAUAAUUAAAAACAAACAAAAAAAACAAAAAAAACCCACCCAAGGAACUUUGAAGAGACUAAAGACUAUAUUUUGAGGCAUUUCAAACUCCAAUGGUUUAUAAAAAAUCUCUGUAUUCUAUUGCAUUUUUUGUUUAAGGUUUAACUUUGUGAUUUUAAGUUCAUAUAUUACUCGAUUCAAUAUUAUUCUGCUUGAACUGAAGGUUGAAUUUAUUUUGAAUGUACUGAGUUUUGAAAUUCUGUUGUUUUUCCCCUAUAACUGUGUUGAACAAAUAUUAUUGUGAAUAAGCCCAUAUAUGAAAAAAAACAGCUUUUUUCUAUUUUGCUGAGGAUAGAUGGACUUCAGAACUGGUUACAAUUGUAUUAACAACCUUUGGAAUUUUAAUGUGCUAAAUACCUCAAAUGAUUUGAUUUUAAGGGUUUUUUAAAUAUGAUUUUUGGAAUUUUUUUUUAACAAUCUGGUUAUUUUUGCCUGCCCCUACCACGAGGUAAGGCCCAUUAGCUGAAGUGAAAUACAUUUUAUAAACCCCAACCUUCCCACAUGUGAAUGGAAGUUGGGCAGUUAAUUUCAGGGCAUUUGUACCCUUAAAAAGCCUCCAAAAGGAGCACCCCUUUAUUUAUACUCUUCAGCUCACUACUUUACUUGCACCAGAAUGAUAUAUAGAUUUCUUGAUUAUGUUCUUAACCCUAGAUGAGUUUUACUUUGUUUAAAAAAAAUAUGUUUAUUACCAAGGUUGAAAGAUUGCUAUGAUUGUAAAAAUUGUAACAAAUGUCCAUCAAUUCAUAGGUUUGAAAAAUGUCAUACAGCAACUUAUGUGAAAUAUGAUAGUGUGUUUGUUUGCUAUUGUAAUUAAUUGGGCUAUUGAGAAUUUUGGGGAUAUUGAUAUCUACAUAUUUGUACUACUGUAUUUUUAAAAAAUGAAAAAUUGUUAACCUUGUUCAAUUCAUUUGCCUUCUACUCACAGUGAUCAUGGCCAGAUAUUAAGAGGAAAUGGAUCUCAUUUUUGGUGAGAAAGUCUUGAAUUUUAUAUUUUCUUAGCUGACACAGAGUGUCAAUGAUUAUAAGCUAUAUUUUUGAAUUUUUAAAGCUCUUUUAUUAUUAUAUUUUCUUGCACGUGCAAUAUACUUUUUCAGUUUUUUUUAUUUUUUCUCUCCUUUUUAUAUUUGAAGCACAUGUCACCAGCAUUAAGAUUUUCUUUAACUUUUUGACUUUUCAGUGCUACAAGUUUGAAAUACAUUUGUCAAUGCAUGCCCUAAAAAGCUUGUGACUAUAAAAAUGGUGCCACUAAUUAUUUAAAUAAAUUAUGGGACUUUGCUUAAUGAUUCUGUCUGAUUCCAGGAGAAGAUAUACACACAAGAGCCAUUGCACAGAGCCAAAGAAAGGCCAAUCCAGGAUGGAUUGAUGCACUUCUAGGCCAAUACAAAGGUCUUGAACCUAGUGUGAAGACACAAGGUUAUUAUGUUUAACAUGUGUUAAGACAUAGGCUUUCCUUGUGUCCACACUCACUCUGAAGAUACUCACAGACGAGUAUCCCCAAAACCUUGGUUCCUACUUGGCUUCUAUAAUCUGGUCCCUUUCUUUUCUGCCUCUCAUAGUGUGGUACCUUUCUGUAGUCCUAGCUAUUGACUGGGUAAAUGCAUCAUUACUUAGAUCAUUUUGAUUGGGCCCUGAUUGAAGGACCUAUUAUAGAUUUAUUUUUCUUCUACUUGGAAUUUUUACACAUAAGACUUUGAUAGUCUAUAUUUUCAUCCAGAAAGUUUUCUUUUCUUUUUUAUUUUUCUGAUGUCUUUUUAAUAUCUCUUGCCAAUUGAUUCAUAUACCUCAGCCAUGCAUCCCUAAGUGAUUCUGUAUAUUUCAAUCACCCACAACACAGGGAAAUGUUAAAAAAAAUAUUAUUGUAAAUUGCAAAGUUUAAAUUCCUUUUGAGAAGAAUUUUAGGUAAAGAAGAUGCUACGUCUCUGAAUCCAGAACUGAACUGUUGGAGAAGCCACCAUGAAGAAGCCUCCAGACCACAAGCUGCACAAGAUCAAAAUGAACUUUGGGUGUGGUUGAUUGAACAUUUAUUUGUAUGUAUACUUUCAUGCCAAAGGGGACUGCCCCCUAACGGCUUUUUGUCAAUGCGUUCAGCAGUUAUUGUUUUUAUUGUUUUUUUUUCUUUUUUUCUCUUAUCCUCACAUUAUUGAAAUCUUUUAAGUUGAUUAUGUUUUUAUGAUCCUUUUGGGGAAAAAUUAAAUUUUCCAAAAAUGA